AUGGUGUUAGAUUUUAAAAUGGAUGUCCAAGCCGAACGUCGGCCAACAAUCAUAAACGUAUCUGCCGGUGGAAAUAUUUCUGAAGAACCGGAAACAAAACGUGGAUGUGUACAUUCAAAAUAUUGUCGCAAAACGUUCCAACCAUAUGUCAUAUCGUAUUUUGCGCUUUCUGCAUAUGUAUUUAUAGGCGCCUUCGUAUUCCAAGUUCUUGAAGCCCCGUAUCACCAACGUCUUGUGGACGGCAUCGAUUCGUCGAGAGAAAACUUCUUCAUAAAUUUACGAAAUGGAUGCAGUUUGAAUGAUGGCAACUGGAGCGUCAUGUUAGAGGAACAAGUCAGUUUAUUCGAAGAUGAACUGGAGAAGGCGUUCCAGCAAGGGUUACGAAUAAGAAAGGGAUACAAAUGGGAUUACUUUGCUUCUUGUUUCUUCUGCCUCACUGUUGUCAGUACAAUAGGAUAUGGACACAUGACACCAGUAACAACAGCAGGUCGACUUUUGUGUACGUUCUAUGCUGUCGUUGGAAUUCCGUUGUAUUUUCUCUACUUGGCAAAGUUGGGUGACUUGAUUGCAGCACCUUUACGAAACAUCUUCAAGCGAAGCAGAAACGUCUUACAGAAAACCUGGCUUCGAAAACGACUUGGACAUUCUUAUGGAUUUUCUGAUCGUAAUACCGAACAAUGUCUUCCGGGAAAUAAGAAAGUUUGUAUACAAGAUCAAGUGAUGGAGGACGUUAUACAAGAUGGCCUACAGAGGACUUCCAUGGAUCCUGACUUAUCGUUGUUGAGCUAUAAACAAGUAGUUUAUAACAAUGACGUUGGUGUGCAGGAUGAACAGCAUGAUGCUUCCAUUAAGGGGAUCAGCUUGCAAGAAUGUUGCAAAGUUGCUACUGUGUCGGAGUGCAUUGACCUGCACAUUGACAGUGGUACUCAGCAUGUUGAUGGCGAUCUAUACCACAGUGCACUGGAAAGCAUGGAAAAUAUUCACAAAGAGCCAUCAACUAGAGUGAAACAGGCUACAGGUAAAAGGAGAAAAUGUAGAUCCUCCUCUACUGGUGCAUGUAGCAGAAAAUAUUGCCAGACUUCGAAUGAGUUGUAUAAUAGUGAAAGUGACGAUAAAGAAAAUUGUACGGGCUCAGGUAGUGUAGAUUCCAUAGUCACAACUAAGCACGACAAAGAAACUUCGAACCACAAAGAUCCUGAAAACGCCAACGUGACAAACAUGGCACCGUCAUUACAGGAAGAACAAACAAUGAAUUAUGAUAGUGCCAAUGUAGUUUCUCAAAAAGAAAUUCAGACUGUAAAAUCACGCUGUAUAACUGUGAAAGGCAGCGAGGAUGCGCCACUUAUGUUUAUUGUUGUUAUACUCAUUGCAUAUAUUUGUGCAGGUGCGGCUGUAUUCUCUUCGUCAGAGCAUUGGACGUACACCGACGCCAUUUACUUCUGUACAAUGACGUUCACGACCAUUGGCUUUGGUGACCUAGUCCCCGUUUAUAAUACUGAUGACCCUGUGUCGCAACAAGCACUUAUUGCGGCUUACAUUAUUACAGGGAUGGUGAUGAUGUCAAGCUGCCUCAGCCUCUCUCAAGAACGAAUUCGCGGAUUUGGAAGAAAGAUGUUUGCCAGAGAAGACAAGCCAGCAACGGAGACUUUAUAG